AUGAGCAAAUUGAGCUUGCAAAGUGUUAACACACGCAUUGAUAAGUUGGCUGACACAUUCCAAAGUGCAAUGGCGGAAUUCAAAACACAGCUGACUGCGAAGCGUAUGUCCAUGGAAAAUAAACAAGUCGUCGAUUUUGUGUCCGAUGACUUAGUAAAGAAUUUUGAAGACUUCCAGCUGUCUAUGACUGAAGCUAUGUCAGCGCUUAAAUCUGAUGUCCAAAAGUUGAACAGCGAUAAUCGUAGCUUUCGUCUGAAAAGAAAUCUUAAGUGUUUGUUAGUCCAUGGCAUAGGGAAAUCCGAAGCCAAGGUCGAUUUGUACGAGCCAUUGCUAAGUAUUUUUAAAAAUAAAUUAAACAUAGAAAUUUCUAUGAAUGAUCUUGAUAUUGUUUACCGCUUGGGCAAAAAAGGUGAGCGAAGAGAUAAGAAGUUCCCUCGUCCAAUUUUAGUUGAAUUUUGCAGCCGGUGGAAACGCGACCUUGUGUUCAAGAAUAAAAAACAUCUAAAAGGUUCGAAAAUUAUGUUGACUGAAUUAUUAACUGAUGAUAAUCUCAUUUUAUUUAAGCAAGCAAAAGAAAAAUUCGGUAAAUCUUGUUGGACCUAUGGUGGGUUAGUUUACGCUGAAUUCGAGGGUCAGCGUAAAUUAUUAAGAAAUAAAUCGGACCUCCAAAAUUUGUGGUGAAGAAAUGUGCUGUGUAUAAAGAAAAAAUAGUUAAUCCGCUAUUAGUGUUAAAUGUAGGAUUAACUGUAUCUAACCUGUAAGUACUUUUUUUCUUAUGCGGUUUAUUGUGUAUUAUUGUGUCUUUUGGGUAACUUUGGAUUUAUUUUUUAUUAUUUUUUUAAUAUUGUUGCGAGGGUUGGUUUAAAUGAUUAAUUUGUUGUUUUGUUAUAUACUCAAAAAUGCAUCAUUUAGUGAGGGGCCUGCUCUCUUGCGUUUUUGCAGACUUCUCUUGCGUUUACGAUUUGUAUUUCAUUUUAUUUUUAUUUUUGUUUUCAUAACUUGUUAGGGGCUAAAAUCUUGGGCGUGUAUAUAUAUAAUAAACUUACUCUUAUUGGAUUAUCUGUUGCUUGCUAGUUUUUCCAAAACGUUUCUUUUUUUUAAAUUUUUUUAUUAUUAUCUAUAUCUUAUUUAGAAAGCUUGUAAUUGUUAAGUGGCAUAUCUGCCAAAGAAGUUAAAAUAAUAUAUUUUAUUGAGUUUUCUAAUGACUGCUCAAAUUAAAUAAACUUACUUUACUAAUAUUUUUAAAAUGAAA